AUGCCAGCAGGAAGGUUCUUUCCAUUGCUUGUGUCUUGUCCAUCCGUGAGUGCAAGGUUCCUCCAGGGGAGUGAGGUCAUCAUGGCUCUGAAGUCUCUAGUCGUGUUGCCACUGCUGGUCCUGGUGCUGCUGCUGGUGUGGGUCCAGCCUUCCCUGGGCAAGGAAUCUGCAGCCGCCAAGUUUGAGCGGCAGCACAUGGACCCCAGCCCGUCCUCUGCCAUCAGCUCCAACUACUGCAACCAGAUGAUGCAGAGCCGGGACCUGACCCAAGAUCGGUGCAAGCCGGUGAACACCUUUGUGCACGAGUCCCUGGCCGAUGUCCAGGCUGUGUGCUUCCAGAAAAAUGUUGCCUGCAAGAAUGGGCAGUCCAACUGCUACCAGAGCAACUCCGCUAUGCAUAUCACAGACUGCCGUGAGACAGGCAGCUCCAAGUACCCCAACUGUGUCUACAAGACCACCCAGGCGGAGAAACACAUCAUUGUGGCUUGCGAGGGAAACCCUUACGUGCCAGUCCACUUCGACGCUUCAGUGUAG